CAGCUAGACAGAAGAAUGCAGAAGAUUCAUUCUUGUACAAGGUUGCCACCACCUAAGCUGAGCAGCUGGAAGCUUGUCCUGAAAAUCUUUGGGCAUUCGUAUCUUAAUGGAUUGCUGUAAACUGCUAAUUUCUCCAUUCGUCCACUUCCUAGUUUCGUGAAAAUAUUAGCCAGCACAGAUCCUGGGAAAGUUACAUGGUGUGAACGGAAUGUCUGUGGAUGAGAAGACUGAAUCCCCCAUGUAUGUGUAUGAGUCAACAGUCCAUUGUACCAAUAUCCUCCUGUGCCUCAAUGACCAGCGGAAGCAGGAUAUUCUCUGUGAUGUGACUUUGAUUGUGGAGGGGCAAGAGGUCCGAGCCCAGCGAGCUGUGCUGGCAGCAUGCAGCGAAUACUUCUUGCAGGUGUUAGUCGGGCAGACGGAAAAUGACCUGGUGGUCAGCCUGCCAGAGGAGGUCACUGCAAGGGGAUUUGGUCCAUUGUUACAGUUUGCCUACACUGCGAAGCUGUUACUCAGCAGAGAAAACAUACAAGAGGUCAUCCACUGUGCAGAGUUCUUGCGCAUGCACAACCUGGAGGAUUCCUGCUUCAGCUUCCUUCAGACUCAGCUGCUGAACAAUGAGGACGGCCUGUUCCUGUGCAAAAAGGAUCCCACCUAUCAGCGGAUGCACGAAGAUGAGAAUUCCGAGGAAGAAGAGGUAGAGACUAUGGAAUCUGAGACUUCCAAGAUAUCUUGUCCAAGGGAGAGAACACACCCAGAGCCCUUUAACUUUGAAACCGUCAGUUCUGAAGCAGAUAAAGAGGAGGGGAUGCUGCCUGACUCUGACCUGCUAAGAGAUGACAAGGACAGUUUGGACAAAGAAGCAGUAACGCGGUAUCCCAGAUACAAGAAAUACCAGCUGGCUUGUACCAAGAAUGUCUACAAUACAUCACACGUUAGUACCUCAGGUUUCACAAGCACAUUCAGUGAAGAAAGUUCUGGUGACAGCCUCAAGCCAGAGCUUGCUGUAGGGCAAAUAAAAAGUGAGCCUAGGAGUGAGGAGAAUGAUGAAGAAAACAUCACGCUUUGCCUCUCUGGAGAUGAGCCUGACAUCAGGGAUAAAGAGGGGGAUGUAGAAAUGGACCGAAAGCAGCCAAGUCCUACUGGAGCUGACGGGUCUAAAAGUGGUUCCUCUCCUUCCUGCCUAAGGUCUUUCUUCAAUCGAACAAAAAACAUAGACUUAGUUGGCUUCCCCAGUACUUCCCAACAGCACUUUGCCAGGAGUCCAGCCUGCCCUUUUGACAAGGGGACAACUCAGGGUGACCACAAAGCUGAUUAUGUCCCUUUCACGGGGACUUAUGGACUGUCCCAAGCUGUUCAGAAGGAUGCUUCCAAUUUUACAGUGGGAUCGCCUCUCAGGGGUCCUAGCUUUGUUGAAGGUCUCUGUAAGCAGGAAGGUGAGGUGGACAGAAGGAGUGUUAUAUUUUCUUCAAACAUUUGUGACCAAGUAAACACUUCAGUGCAUUCAUAUUCUGGCGUGAGCAGCUUGGACAAAGAUCUCGCCGAGACUGUGCCAAAGGGUCUAUGGGCAGGAAGUAGCCAAUCUCUUCCCAGUUGCCAGACCUAUUCUCACAUUGGACAGGCAGCUGAUCACUUGCCAGGACGAAUGCGGCCUAACACCAGCUGCCCAGUGCCAAUUAAAGUUUGCCCUCGUUCUCCUCCUCUGGAAACCAGAACAAGGACCUCUAGUUCAUGUUCCUCCUACUCUUAUGCAGAGGAUGGCAGUGGUGGCUCUCCCUGCAGCCUCCCUCUGUGUGAGUUUUCAUCUUCCCCCUGUUCCCAAGGAGCUCGAUUCCUGGCCCCUGAGCAUCAGGAGCCAGGUGUGAUGGGAGAUGGAAUGUACAACCAAGUCAGACCCCAGAUAAAAUGUGAGCCAUCCUAUGGAACAAACUCCAGCGAUGAGUCUGGAUCGUUCUCUGAAGCAGACAGUGAGUCAUGUCCUGUGCAAGACAGAGGACAUGAGGUGAAACUUCCAUUUCCUGUCGAUCAAAUCACAGAUCUUCCAAGGAACGAUUUCCAGAUGAUGAUAAAGAUGCACAAAUUAACCUCAGAGCAAUUGGAAUUUAUCCAUGAUGUCCGGCGGCGCAGUAAAAACCGGAUUGCAGCUCAGCGCUGUCGCAAAAGAAAACUGGACUGUAUUCAGAAUUUAGAAUGUGAAAUCCGCAAGUUGGUUUGUGAGAAGGAAAAACUUCUGUCAGAAAGGAACCAGCUGAAGGCAUGCAUGGGGGAGCUGUUAGAUAAUUUCUCCUGUCUUUCCCAAGAAGUGUGUAGGGAUAUGCAGAGCUCCGAACAGAUCCAAGACCUGCACCGAUACUGCCCUCUUCUCAGGCCUAUGGAUCUACCAACAGCAGUCAGUAUCAACUCUUCGCCAGCCAGCGUGGAGCAAAACUUACUAACAUCCCAGUGUGUCGGGGAAGGCUUGCAGUGCUGUUCAGAGCAAAGCCCUGUGCAGCAGUUAGGAGCUCACUGGCUGCCUAACAACAUUUCCGACAAGUGCGUUGCAACAAGAGUACUGGAUGGAGCUGACCAAGGUACUUACUCUGAGCAGGAGCUCCCUCUAGAGCAGAAUAACCAAACAGUGACAGUAGACUUCUGUCAGGAAAUGACUGAUAAAUGUACAACAGAUGAGCAGCCUAGGAAGGAGUACACCUAGUGGCUGGUAAACCUUUAACAUCACACCUUCAGUCAGCCAGUGGCCACGUUGGUUUGUUGUCUAGAUGGAAGAACAUAUUUGGUGCACACUACAGUGGUCUUAGCAGCAAUACUGUUUUCAAGUAUUCCCUCCUCUCUACAAGCAGGAGAUUGAUUAUCUUCUUCACUAUGGUGCUAUAUCCCUUGUUCAGUCAGGGGAACAAAAACAGUGGCAACACUGUCCUUUUUUAUUGUUAUUGUUGUUGUUAUUGUAUUUUAAUUUCAAUAUUCAACAGGGAUGGACAUAACACCUCUGAGGACCCAAACGCAGCUUUUUUUCUCAGUGGCCCAUGUCACAAAACCCUAACUCAGGAAUUUCCUCUGAAUGUUCAAUUUUUCAUUGAAGACAGCUUCUUUACACAUCAAAGUUUUAUAGCUAAACUGUACAUACUAUAUAUAGUAUAUAAAAUAUAUAUAUCCAUAUGCAAAAAA